AUGCGAGCUUGUUCAAUCUUCGCUUUUCUAUCUACGAGACCAACGAGACUAACGAAAAUUUGAUACGCCAAGCCUGAACAGAGCGAAGUAACUGUUUGUCCAUUGACACUCACUCUUAUCCGUUGCCAUCGCCAUCUUCGUUCUUCAAAACCUUGGAAAUGCUUUCAUGUCAAAGAUACCAGUUUCGCUCUCCAUGCUCUCUCCCUCUCCAGUCCCUCUCCACCCCAACUUUCACCGUUGUCAACUGCCAAAAUCCACAUGGCCCAGAUACCCAGAACCUCAUUCUCCGCCAGCAGAACUCCAAAUCCACCGCCUUUCUCCUUCACCAACUAUCUCCCGACCGAGAAAACCAUCAUUCCCAGCCAUUCAAUCUCAAAUCCGGUGACCUUCAACACAACAUGCCGGAUGAAGAAAAGAUUAAGCUUUUAGAGCUUUCCCUUGUAAGGAGAAGAACCCCUCAGUUUCCUGGGUCUAUCUAUGUUCAAUCUCCUAGUGAUCCUGAUGUGGGUUCUUCUUUGCCGCCUCUGCGAACUCUGUUUAGAGAAAAAGUGGAAGAUGAAGAUGCAGACGAGGAGGAGAUAAUAAUGCGUGCGAUUGAGAUUCGAAGGAAGGUGACGCGAGAGAUUUUUUUGGAAGCUAUGAGAAAGGGCAAGUUUGGAAUCACGUACGCUACCAAUUUGGUCAAUCGAUUGACUGGUUUUAUCGAUUACGUCAUGAUUGAAGCUGCUUCGAUGAAACGAAUACCUCAGUAUUCGCAUUCUACUUUCAAUUUACGCGCCAAAACUGUCAUAGACGACUUACAAGUUGUGCCUCUUAUCAGAUGGUUGAAGCAUAAUGCACUGUCAUAUCAUCGGAUAUCCAAGCUCAUUUUGAUGUCAAGAGGAAACCUUGAGUCUAUAAGACGUCUUGCUGAGUGGUUGAAGUCAGUAAAGGUGAAAGGAGAAUUUCUCGGGGUUACACUUGUGAAUGCUGGAGAUAAUAUUCUUGAUCGCAGCAAUGGGGAACUGGAUGGGAUUGUAGAGUAUUUAGAGAGCAAGGGAGUCAGGAGGGAUUGGAUGGGUUAUGUGAUAAGUCGCUGUCCUCAACUGCUAUCUUACAGCAUGGAAGAAGUAGAGACUCGUGUGAAAUUCUACUUAGAUAUGGGCUUAAAUAAUCAUGAUUUUGGCACAAUGGUUUUUGAUUAUCCUAAAGCUCUUGGUUACUAUACUCUAGAAGAAAUGAAUCAGAAGGUUAAUUACUUGAAGGAGUUUGGGCUCAAAAGUGAGGAUGUUGGCAGAUUGUUAGCAUUUAAGCCUCAUUUGAUGGGAUGUAGCAUUGAAGAAGGAUGGAAGCCUCUUGCUAAGUACUUGUAUUAUUAUGGGGUCACCCGAGAUGGUAUGAGGAGAAUGCUUAUGAUCAAACCAAUGGUUUUUUGUAUUGAUUUGCAGACAACUAUUCUGCCCAAGGUAAAGUUUUUUCAGGAUAUAGGGAUUCGAGAUGAUGCAAUCGGAAACAUGCUUGUGAAGUUUCCUACUCUGCUCACAUACAGCCUCUACAAGAAGAUUAGGCCAGUGGUCAUAUUCUUGAUGACCAAAGCUGGGGUCAGCGAUGAAGAUAUCGCAAAGGCUAUUGCUCUGGGACCUGAGCUCUUGGGAUGCAGCAUAACGCAUAAGCUUGAAGUGAAUGUAAAAUAUUAUCUGUCACUUGGUAUACGGCUUAAGCAACUGGGUGAGAUGAUUGCGGAUUUCCCAAUGCUGCUCAGAUACAACAUAGAUAUCCUUCGUCCCAAGUAUAGUUAUUUGCGGCGAACCAUGGUCCGGCCUUUGGAAGAUCUCAUCGAGUUUCCAAGGUUUUUCAGUUAUUCUCUGAAUGGUCGAAUUAUUCCAAGGCACAAGGUUCUGGUGGAAAAUCGGAUUAAUUUGAAGCUGCGUUACAUGUUGGCUUGUUCUGAUGAAGAAUUCAGGAAAUUGGUUGACUCUGAAAUUAGAAAGCGACAAACACUGCUAUCUGCAGGCAAGAGUGCUGAUAUUACGGAACCUCACAGACGAACAACUUGAUGGCUUUCUAGAACAUCAAUUAUUGGUUGAGUUUGUGUGAAGCGAAGCUAAAUAAUCAGAUAUCCGAAUUAAUCAUCACCCUGCAUAGAAAUGCCGGUGAUAAAUGAUAUAUUUUUAGCAUAGCUGAGAUACAUGAUGCAGGAACUUCUUAGUAGAAUGAAGGAACAGGAGAUCCCACAUCUUAAUGAAACGGUGAAGAGUAACGAUGAGAUGGUUGAGGUAGGCUCAUAACUUUGCUUCCUCAGAGCAGAUCAAAUAAUAACGAGCAUGGUCAUUUUUCUUCUUGGUAUGGCUCUCCUUUUCUGAUUGGUCAUUCCUUUUCUCGUUUUUUCAGAGGAAGGGGCAUAUAGCUAUAUUGCACAAACGCGUGUAGGAAAACAAUUCGAUUAGUUCAAAUUAAGGAAGAACAUAACUCUCAAUUAUACCUUGCAAA